AUGGCUGUCACAGCAUCUGCGGGGACACGGGCCGUGCCACCACCCCCGCCGCGCCGCCGGCCCCGCCGCUGCCCCGGGGCACGGGAAGGGAGGAGGUUUCCGGCCACGCCGCGGGACACGGGGAGCCCCCCAGACCUUCCAGACGGGCAGGUCCCCUCGGCAGUGCUCGGAGGAAGGACCCCCACCCUGCGGCACCCCCGCACCCCCAGCCCCAGCAGCACGCCCCGUGCCCAAUGUCCCCCCCGUCCCCAGAGCCCCCGCAGUGUCCCCAGCCCCGCUCGCUGCCUGCGGCACCCCCGGCUUGCCCGCGGGGAGGCCCCGGAGCGGCGGCAGCCGGAGAACGGGGGCGAGCAGGAAAGGGGAAGGAAGCGGGAGCCAGGCCCCGGCCGCCCACGUCACCCCGGGCCCCGCACACCGCGGGGGCGACACAGCCGCGACCCCACCGCGGACACCCUGCAGGGCCACGGGGCCGGCACCGUGACCCCAGAAGGGCCCUGGCCCCCGGUAAGGAGGUCACGGUCCCCGGACCGUAGGACCGUGCUCCGCCUGGGAGCAGUGACAGCCCCUCAGACGGGGAGGCCCCAAACCCGGCCCCGCAGCUCCCGCAGCCCCGCGGGACCCCCAGCUCGGCCCCCCCGGGUGCCCCCCGCCCGGUACCUGCGGGCCGGGCCGGGCCGGGCCGGGCCGGGGCCGCGUCUUUGGGCGCCGCUGGGCCGCGACCGCGCGCCCGCCCGGCCCCCGCCCGCAACAGCGCCCCCUGCCGGCGCGGAGGACUCUCGGUACCGGGACCCACCGCCGCCCCCCCGGGACCCUCCGGAUCCUCAGAACCCCCCCAGAUCCCAAAGAAACUGCCAGGACCCUCAAGAGACCCCUCCGACCCGCCCCAGGAAACUCAAGGAGCCCCCAAGGAAAGUGGGGGAUCCCAUUUUUCACCAUCCCCCCGUGUAA